UGCCCACAUAAGCGCGAGCACCAACAGAGAGACACACCCCACCGCAGGCGCACGAGCCGAACGAACCAGUUAGCAGAGAAGGAAGUCACAGAAAGAAAGAAUGGCACAACAAAGAGAACGACACCCCCCGACAUCGCGCUCCAAGCCGCCGCCGCCGGGCGAGGAGGAGGCGGGCGCGGUGCUCAAGCUGGGCGAGUUCGAGGACGUCGACACGCUGACGCUGUCCGAGGCGUCGCUGGUCAUCAACGCGCUCAUGGCGAAACGGCGGAAAGACCGCAAAGACCGCAACGAGACCGACGUGCUCAAGAAGACGCUCGACUACCUGGACGCGUUUGCACGCUUCAAGCAAAAGGAGAACGUCGAGGCUGUUGAGAGGCUGCUCAGUGCUCAUGCGAAGCAGUUGACCAAGUUUGAGAGGGCGCAGAUUGGUAAAUUCUUGUCCCUGGUCCCUGGUCCCCAUCCCCGUUUUGGCCUUUGAAGAGGAGGGGUUGUGGUGCGGUGUGCACAUGAGAUGGGGCAUGGAACCUGGGCUGACUCUUACUGUGUCUUAGGUUCCCUCUGCUGUGACGGCGCCGAUGAGUGCAAGACUUUGAUACCCUCCCUGCAGGACAAGAUCAGCGACGAAGAUCUGCAGGAGCUUCUCAACGAGAUGGGCAAGCUCAUGAGCAC